UUGCAUUAAAGCACAAUAAAAUAAAAUCACAUUCAACCUUUGAACACUAUACGCAAGUAUGGAGGAUUACGUUGUGAGUGACGAGGACAAGAAAUUAGUUUUAGAUUUUUAUAAAAGUUUAGAUUCGAAUACACAAAAUUUAUCAGAAGUUUAUGAUAAUGUUUCAUCCAUCCACAACCUUAAAUGUGAAACAUUCAAAAGGCUCGCAAAAGAUUUAGCCGUAUUUCUAGAACAUAAAAAUUUAACACAAAAAAAAAUUUUAGAUGUUGGAUGUGGUAAUGGAAAUCUUGGAAAAUCUCUUGUUGAAGAGGGAUUUAAAAAUAUAGAUGGAUUAGAUAUAUCGGAAAGGUUGCUGGAGAUGUGUAAAGAGACGAAAUGUUACAACAAAUUGUACAAAGCGCCAUUGACAACCAAUCCAACACCAGGCAUUGAAGAGAAUACUUACGACAUUGCUGUUUCUAGUGGAUGCUACGUCGCAGGUCAUAUUCUACUGGGAACGUUAGUUGAGUUGACACGUAUAGUCAAGCCUGGUGGUUAUAUAUUCUACACACUUCAUGACAUUUACUACACGAUGGAUUAUAUAAAUUCUCAUGGCAAGAUAAUGAAAGAAAAGAUAGCUGAGUUGAUCUCUAUAAAACUGGCAUCAUGCAGAUUAGAACCGAAGAAUAAUUUUAAGACAACAUUCUGUUUUAAUGUAAUGCUUAAAGUGUUAUAAGACACAAAUUACACUUUUUAUGAUUUUUUAUGAUUUUUAUGAUUAUUUUGCCUGCAUUAGAAUGUACGCUGGCUGUUUGUGAGCCAAGUUAAAAACCGGAAGAUUUGUAAUGUAGAGCGCCAUUAUAAACGCACCUA